AUGCCCGAAACCGACAUAACCUCAGGGAACAAUAAGAACACCUACAAUAUUGCUCCAAUGGAGUCCCUCUAUCGAAAAAUCCCACUAGAACUUGUUUAUAGAAAAAUGCCAUCCCAUCACACCAAAACGGUGACGUUAGCUUUGUUGCGGUGGCUUUGGGCGGCAAAGACGUCCUUGGGUCGGCUUCAGGCAACGAAUGGAACGGGUGAGUUUAAGUGA